AUGAUGCUGGGUGAUGAGGCCCAGGUUGACGUGGCCUCAGAUACCUUCUUUAUCACCUUUUUCACUUUCAAAGGUUGUUCAACAACAAAUCUUUGUACCAUCCGCAAAAAUGGAAGAUUUCUUAUUGCAACUGGGAGAUUUGUUCUUACAGUUACCGAAGAAAGCUGUUAUAGUGCUUCACGAAUCUCACACCAGCCUGAACAGGAAGGAUUAAUAUUUCAGAAUGGGGAAGCAUAUAUAGCAGACAGGAAGCUUAAAAGUUACCGAACCCUUGUGGCAGUCAUGGUGGAGCGUCACUAUCAGGAUUCAAGUUCAGUUUUGCAGUCCAUGGUUUAUCUUUCCUGGACUCAGCCAUCUCAUCUCUCUCCUGACACUGAGCUACAGGCCAUGGGUAAGCCUCUACCUGCAUCAAUUCCCUUGUUGAUCCACCUCUGCUCUGAGUCUCCUAAUCUUUCUAGAAUGAUGGAAGCACUCCUGAGCGCAUGUCUCCUCUUGGCCAUGAUUUCUCCAGGGAAAUCCCAAGUGCAACUUUCAAAUAGAUGCUCGUCAUCCCGCUAUUGCUUCUCAGGUGAUUACAGCUUCACUGCAGGGAAUGGUAAAUUCUUUCAGACAAAGAAGCACUGCUGCAACACUGAACUGUGCAACAAUGCAACUCUCAGCCUUCCUGAUCGCAACAUGCUGGCUGAAAAUGGUCUGCAGUGCCCAUCCUGCUUCUCCAAAGGAGAGGAAAAGUGUGAAAGUGAGAAGACCAUCAACUGUCUUGAGAAUGAGACCCAGUGUGUUGAUUUUCAAGGAGUUCUUAAUAUAGCUCUCUUUCUGCAGCACCAUGAUUUCACUUUCCAAGGUUGUGGAACAACAGAUUUUUGUGCCAUCCAGAGAAAUGAAAGAAGAAUAAUCAGAAUUGGGAACUUUCUCCUUUUUGUUAAGCAAAUAAGCUGUUAUAAUGCUUCACGAAUCUCACACCAGCUUGAACAUGAAGGGUGA